AAAAUGCCGAUUGCAAGUAUUCGUAUCUCUAAAGGAUCAAAAGUCGUCCAUGGGUGGUAUAUUCAUCCAAUUCUUUAUGAAAUAUCAAUUAGAGAUUUGUUUGUUAAACUUACAACCAGAGAAUUAUCUCAAGAGUAUAAUAUUGACACCAUAGAUCCUGAAACAAUAGAACGUGUUGAAAUAAGUAAGACCCAGGAUGCGACCGCAACUCAAUCUACACAGUCGUAUGCAAAUACACAAGCAAAGCAAUUUGUUGCUUGUUUAACUGAAGCGAUUUGGUAUAUUGAUAUGCAUGAUCACCAGAAAUUUGAAGAACAUAGUUAUCAUAUACCUGAGCUUUUUUUUGAGUUUUUUGGCCAUGUGAAUUCAGAAUCAUAUAAACAUUCACGAAAACCCUUUGAUGCAAACGAAUUAAAUUUAUAUUGUCAAGCCCUUGCCCCAUAUGCUACUUCUUCAUAG